GAUGACGCAAUGUAGUCAUCCGGUUACAAGCUGCAAUAUAAGGCUAUCCUGUUGACAGCAGAGUUAGUAUAUAGUGGAGAGUGUCCUGAGGUUCGUGGCUUGUACUGUGUGGGACUGAGGAGAGAGUUGCAAUAGAGGACUUAAGAGCUUUUCACUAGAAUAAUGCAAUAUUCUAGACUGAUUGUCAUUUUGUGAAAAGUAAACUUAAUUAUCAUAAGUGACAUAAUGGAUCACCUAUUGGGGCUCAUUUUAUUCUUGCUAUGUUUUUCUAAGAAUGUGCAGUCACUCAGCUUGCAAGGGCUUGGGUCACGCGCGUCGGCAGACAAGACGUCUUCUGGAUUGUAUGUCCCUUCUUGUUGGGCAUCCCCACGUGAUUCCCUCCCCCAGGGCAGGGUCCCCUACGACGUCCAGGCCCCUGUGCCGCCUGUGCAGUAUCCAGAUACAUCUGCCACUGACAUAGUAUGGGGGCCUCAAGUGAAUAUUACGUGUACAACUGGUGAAAAGAAAAGUAUAUUUCUAAAUUCGUCACAUAUAUAUGUUGAUGAUGGUAAAGUUAUGCUUGGCUGGAGGAUCGGUAGAAAUUCAGGAGAAACAUAUACAUACUGUGUGAACUCCCUGGCCACUGCAGAAGCAAGCGAAAAUGGCACAACUUAUACUGCCCUCUUUUGCUAUACAGACCCAUGCAAGAGCAGAGUCUGUGUGGACAAGUGCUGCCCUCGCGGGAAAUUAAUGGCAGAACAAGGUUGCAUAAGAAACAAUUUGACUGAUCAGAGUGACUGGGGGGCUAGCCUCCACGACCAUAAUGACGAACCUUUCCAUGUUAACAUUAAUGAUGAAUUAGUACCAGGGUUAAUUAUGGAGGAAUUUACUCUUGAGAAAAAUGGUUCCCUCACAGCGAUUGUGAGUGCACCGCCCCGAGGUUUUUGCAUUGACCACAUCAGCAUGAAUGGGAUGGUGACAGAAGUGGCUAUAGUGUACAAUGAGGACAGUUCUGAAUACCCUGACUGCCUGUGGAAAACUGAAAUCCUGGACAUCGUUAUGUUGAGUGUUUCGAUCAUAUUUUUUGCGCUGACUCUUUCGGUAUACGUGGGCGUCACUCAUAUCCGAAGCAAAGAACACCACUGGCCUUUCAUAUGCAUGCUGCUGUCUCUCCUCCUGACCUACAUCUUACAGAUAUGUCUUAAGAAAUUGAAACAUCAACUGGACGUUAUGUGCAGACAUUUAGGUAUGUUGGUUCUCAUGUUCACUCUUGCAACAUUCUUCUGGCUGAACGUGAUGUCUUUCAGCAUCUGGUACAAGUUGCGGUCUCCCCGUGUAUCUACCAUGGGCAGAAAAUCCUUCGCGCUGUUCAAUGUCUACGCCUGGGGUGUGCCGCUGAUCAUGUACUGCGUGGGCUACGCGAUGGACGCCCUGGCUCCCGGCGACUACAGCCCCAACUUCAAAAAGGAGCACUGUUGGUUCGAUGGUGAAAACACAGCAAAAUGGAUGUAUUAUUACGGAUUCAUAGCUAUGACCCAGGCAGUGAACAUCUUCUUCUUCCUUCAUAUUGUUUGUCGUAUGGCACUGUGGGAAAAAAGGAGGCCCCAAUCUCAUACUACUCGACGAAGGAAAUAUUUCUUGGCACCACUGUACGUUAACCUCGCCAUCGUAAUGGGGAUAGCCUGGAUCCUUGAAUUAUUUUCUGAUGCCAGCAAAUGUGGACCUGUCCAGGUACUGCUUGACGUCAUCACCGGUCUCUAUGGGCCCAUAAUAUUCGUUGUGACAGUUUGCAAUCGGAACAAGUGGGAGAAGGUGAGAAAAAGUGUAACGACAUCACUAAGAAAAAUCACCAAUGACUAAUGAUAUAUAUAUUAUACAUGUGUGUAUAUAUACACACACACACAUAUAUAUAUAUAUAUAUAUA